UUUAUGAGCUAGGUAUAUAAUAUGACUGCAACUAACGAAAAUCAUCAGUACUAACACUGAAAACAGUUGAGAAAUACAUAUUCAAAACUCCUCUCCUCACCAUGAAGGUACUCGUGAUCCUGGCAGCAGCGGCGGCGGUGGCGGUGGCGCGACCUGGAGACCUCUAUGACGACAGCAAGUCCAACCUGGACAUCGAUGAGCUGGUCUCCAACGAACGCCUGCUGAAGGGAUACGCGCACUGCUUCCUGGAGAAGGGACCUUGCACGCCCGAAGGGAACAAUAUUAAGAAGAUCAUUCCAGAGGCACUAGAGAACGUUUGCAAGAAGUGCACCCCCAAACAACGGGUGAUGGUGCGCAAGAUGAUCGCGGCCUUCAAGGAGAAGCUGCCAGCGGAGUGGUCGGAGCUCGCCAAGACAUACGACUCCGAGGGGAAAUACAAGGAGAAUGUGAAGACCUUCCUCGCCCAGUCUGAUUAGAUACUCUUUGGAUGAAAAACUUUUUUCGACAGUUGUUUUUGUUUUGAGUUGAUUUGAAAAUCGAACGCUAGUUUUUUAAGGAUUUUCCUUUAAAUUGUUACUGUGAAAUAUGUGUUUUGUUUUUUGUCAAUAAAACUCUCGAUUUACCUAAUCUACCUACA